UUCUAGAGAUGACAAUCGUCAAUGAUUCUUCAAUAGAUCUAGAUUCUAAUUCUAAUUUCUAAUUGAAAACGAUUAUUUUAGUGUAAAAAAUGAUUAAAACCAUGACACCAGUCAAAACUCACGUUUUUAGUGCCAUGCAAACGAUGGAUACAGAAUCUCUAAGUAAAUGCCUGGACAGUGAUCUGCGUCCAGUUUUACCGGGUCUUGUAAGAAUGGCACUGUGUGCUCCUCUUGACACCAGUGAAAUGGGAAAACAGAUGAGGAAAAAAGUUUUAGCUAUUCUCUCGAGAUUAGAGGUCGUAAAUAGUAUAGUUGACAUGCUUUCCAUUGAUUUUCAUGCUCUAGAACAAGAUGUUAAAAAGGAACAACAGCUGAGAACUAAACUAGGAAGUAAUAUGACUGAAAGUGUGCUGGUGUCCCAACUUCAACAUGGUAUAGCUUUGGAAUUUGAAAGGAGUGACAGUGAACCCGCACAGCGAAUUCGUCUGCUUCUUAGCCAGUUGCUCUUUAUUUCUUCUGAGCUUAAAGAUCAGAAAGCUGGAAACUAUACAAAACAGUCUGAUUUAUUUGAGUGUCCUGUGUAUACAGAAGAGAUUCUUGAUGCUCUUUGUAUAGCAAUGGCAGAACUCCCAAACCUUUUAAAUUUACUGGAUAUGAGUGAAGCUUUGCUGUGUGUUAAUAAUGGUGCAGUUCUUGUAUGUCAGCUGGUGGCUAAUAAUCCAGAGACUUUUCUUGAAGUAUGUAAAAGUUUAAUAGCUAGGGGUGAAAAACAGGAAGAAGAUUCUGCUGGUGGUUUAAGGAGGCUUGAGCUUCUGCGUAUGUUAUGUCUCAUGAACCCAAAAGCUGCACUCACUGUUAGAAAUUAUUGUACAGAAUACUGCAAUAUGCCAGGAUUUGCUGUAGCAGUCUCAAUUCAGUUAGCUGAAGCAAAACAUGAAGAUGGUGUUAAUAACAGUGAUAUCAUUCCAUUUUUUACAAGUCUUUUGCUUGGAACUGAUGUUGGAGCAAGAAAUUGGAUUUCAAACUUUGUAAAAUCUGGACAAAAGAAGAGACCAGACAAUGCUCCGUCUAUGCUCAACUUACUUCGUGAAUACUUACUGAAACAGCUUAUUAGUUUAACUCCAGUGAAAGGACAAAUUAUGGAGGACUCAAAGACUGUUGUUGCAAGUUCUCUUCUCAAACUUUACAAUGCUUUAAGAGGAAUAGCAACUAUGAAGUACAGUGAUGAAGAGACAGGUUGUUUAUUAAGACUGGUAAUUUCCCAUCCUUCACUAUCAAGAGCUGGUGCCUACUUCAUAUCUUUGGGAAUUUGUACCCUCAUUGCCAGCCCUAGUCUUCUCAGAUCUAUAGAUGAUGAGCAGCAGACUGUACACUGGUUCAGAUGGCUAAUGCAAUCAGAAAACCGUUUUGAUAAGUAUUCUUCAAAAACUGACAGUCCAGGUGAAAUGUUAUUUUUACUUGCCCUAAAUUUUCACAAUAAUCAGAUGCAGGCUAUAACUGAUCUUGUCUGUACUACACUGGGGAUGAAGAUAACAGUGAAGACAAGUGCCCUCGUUAAAAUUAGACAAAUUUUUACAAUGGAUCUUUUUACAGAGCAGGUUGUAGCAGCUCAUGCUGUCAAACUUUCUGUGACUCCCAAUUUGGAUGCUAGGUCCACUGGUUAUCUCCCUGUACACAGUAUCCUGCAACUUUUAAAAAGCAGAGUCUUCUCUAAACAUAAAGUUUCUAUAAGGAAAUGGGUCUAUAAACAAAUAUGCAACAGCUGCUUUCCAUUGCAUCCACUGCUUCCACAACUUAUCGAGUCAUAUGUGAACUCAGUUAUCCCGAAAUCUCUCAAACCUGAAAACACAAAUGAACCUAUACCUGAAUCAGAAAUUCUUGCUUUGUUUGAAAUUAAAAAGAAAACUACACCAGGAACUGUUGAAAAACCUAAAGACAUGAAUGCAAGCACAGAAAUAAAUGAAAGGCUUCUAUGUCCACAAUUGUUAAUCUUGUAUUAUUUGUUACUAUAUGAGGAUUUGUAUCACACACAUAAAAAACUCAUAGAUGUGACUAAGCUAUCUCUGUACAGUGAUGCAGUCAUGUCUCAAAUUCCCAUCAGCUACCUUGUCCAAGAGGCUCUCAAACAUUAUAACAACUGCCAGAAUCUUUUCCCCCCAAUGAUCCGCUUAUUAAACACACACUUUCCCCAUCUGUGUCUUGUUGAAGAUUGGCUUGAUGCUCAUGUUGGGCUUAUGUCAAGAGAAACUAAUUUAGGCAAAGAAGUAAAAAGUAUAAAUAUUAAACCUGAGUUGAUCAAAGAAGCAAUAUCAAAAGCCCAGAGUCAUCCCUCAGAGGCAAUUAAAUUAUUAGAAGAAAUUCUUCAUCUAAAAGAUCCGAGUACACUCAGAAGCUGUCAGGAUGCUCUGGUAGCUGGCUUGACAAGUCUCUUACAAGAGGGAACCCCUAGGAGACUUCUGGAUCUUACAAAAAAAGUUUGGUUCAAGCUGCACGGCUUCACACCCAGGAAAUUGCGUUUGGAUACAGUGAAUGCAUUGCAGCCGACAAGAAAAUCAGCCUUUCACUCCUCUGCCCAACUAACAGAACAGGAUCUAGUCAUAGAACCGCUUGUUGUCUUACGAUGUGAUGAUAGAGUAUUUAGGUGUCCUCCAAUGUUAGAAAUUCUCCUACGAAUUUUAUCAGCCUAUACACAAGCUUGUCGUGUCUACCUUAGCUCAAGGGUCUUAGAUGCAGCUUCUACAGAGAAAGAAAAAGACAGGCAGGAAUUAAAAGUAGCAUUAUUAGCAGCUCAAGAAAGUGCCAUUGUGCAAAUUUUACUUGAAGUCUGCUUACCAUUAGAAUGUGAGAAGACGAAGUCUAAGAGUGAACUGUCGAACCUGAGAGAAGUUCGAUGUCUUGUCUUCUCUUACAUUCACCAAGUUUUUAUUGCUGAUCCUAAUCUGGCUAAGCUAGUUCACUUCCAGGGUUACCCCAGUGAACUGAUUCCCAUGGUUGUAGCUGGAGUCCCAUCAAUGCACAUUUGUCUGGAUUUUAUUCCAGAACUUUUAGGUCAACCACAGAGAAGCAAACAGAUAUUUGGUAUACAAUUGAUGGCUCAUUUAUGCACACAGUACCAUCUUCCAAAGUCUAUGAAUAUUGCAAAACUGGGCAUUGAUGUUAUGUUUACAUUGCUCUCAGUACUGGAGAAAAGAGAGUGGGUUACUUUUUUCCAUGGAACAGUUCCAAGUUUACUUCCGAUCUGUGAAGCAUUUCCACCAUUGUGUGAUGAUGUAAUAUCAUUACUGUCUCAGUUAGGAAGAGUUUGUUAUUCACAAAUGACAGUUACUGGGAAUACAUCUAGAUUUUGCAGUAGUGGUAAUUUUGAUGAGGACACUGGUUGUAGCUUAAAAACAUCAGCACAAUCCACAUUUGGUGAUUAUGAGGCCCUGUAUUUUUCAAUUCAGACGACAUUUUCACAAAUUUGCUGCAGAGCAUUAAUUCCUGGAAAGUUGUAUUGAAGGCAUUGAAUAAAUAAAUGUAUGCUGUAUCUUGGGUUGCCUGUGUCAUUUAAAUUUUAAGUUUUUUUUUAUUUAAAAAUGUGUUGCUUGCUUCAAAAUUAGUUACGGGGAUCAUAUUAUACUGGCAAGUUAUACAAGACCACAAAAA